ACCACACACAUACCAAACAUGAAGGCCUUCGUUGUGUUCGCCUGCUUGGCAGUGGCGACGGCUCACGCCGGGAUCGCGCACGGUCCCGCGAUCGCGUACGGAGGCCACGGUGGCGGUCUGGGAGGAUACGGAGGAUACGGAGGAUAUGCAGGAUACGCUGGCGGUCACGGAGGAGCCGGACUGAGCGGUGGCCUGGCCGCCGGCGCCGGCACCGCCGCGUCCCUCCAGGGAGGAGCCUCUAGCUUGGGAUCCGGUGGAUUGGGCGCCAGCUACGCCGCCGGAGCGGCCGCCGCCGCCGGUGCCGCGGGAGUUCAACAGAUCGUCUCCGGAGGUGUGACCGGAGGUAGGUCCGACAUCGGACCCGCCGAGGGACCCAAGGCCAACGUUGGACCCCAGUACGGACCCUCCGACCUCGUCGGACCCCAGGAGGGAGCCAAGUCCGUGGGAGGACCCCGUACCGGACCCGCCAGCCUCGUAGGACCCGCCGCUGGACCCUCCACCCUCGUUGGACCCUCCCAGGGAACCGCCACCCUCGUCGGACCCUCCCAGGCUACCGCUAACCUCGUAGGACCCAGCUACGGUGGAGUCGCCUUCUACGCUGGCUCCGGUGGAAUCAACGGUGACGACGGUAGCUCUGGCUCCGCCGCCGCUGCCGCUCCCGGUGGAUUCGGACUUGGAGGUGCCGGUCUGGGAGGCCCUGGUGCCAUCGCCGUCAUCGGCGGAGGCCCUGGCAUCGCCGGUGGCAUCGGCGGACACGACGCCGGAGUUGCUGUGAUCAACGGACCGUCCGGCGCCAUCCAUGCCGGUCUCGGCUCCCACGGAGCGAUCAUCCCCGCCCCCAUUCACGGCAAGUGGUAGACGAUCCAAGACCCCCGCGAUCUCGGCACGGCGACGGCGGCACACCCACCACGGUCUUCCCGGUCCGCUGAACCACCCUCACGCGCUCAACGUCUUCUUCCCGGAGCUUCGUAUGCAACCCUCGGAGCAUGGUAGCCCCCCUGAAGAACGGUCCGCCCUCCGCUCUCCGUCCCCGAACGCCGACCUGCCGGCCCGCCCCGGAGCGUCGCCGAGUCGGCCGGAGGAGCCCUCUCGGAGAGGGCGACCCCAGCCGCCCC